AUGUCACUAGCUGGUUUACGUAAACAAUUAGAUAAUUUCAAGAUUGAUAGGAUAACGAUCGGUAUCAAAUCCAAACAAUUUAUAAAAUGGAGAAUUAGUGAUUUAUUUCUCAUUAUAAUUUUAAUCAUCAUAUUUUUCACCGUCCCUAAUUUCAAACCUUUUCAUAGAUUAUUUUAUCUUGAUGAUAAAAGGAUACAAUAUCCAUUUGCAGAACAUGAGACAGUUACUACCUUUCAAUUAUUUUUAUAUUCAACAUGGAUACCAUUAAUUAUAAUAAAUAUAUUCUCAAUUUUAUUCACUUCAUUAAAUUAUAAAAUUUAUCUCAGUUAUAUAAUAUCACUUGGUCUAUUAUUAAGUGUCAUUCUAACUUCAGUGGUAACUGAUAUUUUAAAGAAUUUUUUUGGUAGACACAGACCUGAUUUUUUGGCACGUUGUUUACCAAAAGAAGGUACUCCAACAGAUGUAUUAGUUUCAAUUGAUGUUUGUACACAAACUGAUUCAGGUAUAUUGGAAGAUGGAUUUAGAACAACUCCUUCUGGACACUCCUCUAUUUCAUUUGCUGGUGGUGUAUUUUUAACAUUAUUUUUAAUAGGUCAAUUACAAUCCUUGAAUACAAAAGUAGGUACUUUAAGAUUUAUAAUUUGUUUUAUACCUACUUUUUGUGCUUGUUUAAUUGCAUUAAGUAGAACAGAGGAUUAUAGACAUAAUUUUAUUGAUAUUUUUGUUGGUUCAUUGAUUGGUAUAACUAUUGCAACUUAUAAUUAUUUUAAAUUAUUCCCUAAAUUAACAGAUUCAAAGAGUUAUUGUACAAAAAUUAUGAUUGAAGAAAUGAAAGAUGAUAGUAAACAAAAUAUUGAAAAUGAAUUGGAAUAUACAAGACUUGAAAAUGUAUAA